AUUGGGGGACAACUUAGAGUCUAACAUGGACCUGAACAGGAGUCUCUUACAGCAUCCCUAUCAAGUAGUGCCUUUGCUUGAAAGACUUCCAGCUUUACAAGAAUUGAUAGUUGAAAAAAGUGACCUGGAGUUUGAGAAGAAUGGCAAAAAUCACUGGACUAGUAGUAUGUGCCAGGAUAAACUGGUGGUCAGACGGGGUCAACCAUUCAACAUCGUUAUAUAUUUCCAAGACAGGGGCUUUGAGGCUUCUGUGGACAAAUUGAACUUCAUCGUAGAGACAGGGCCCUAUCCCAGUGAAGCUGCAGGCACCAAGGCCAAAUUCCCCCUCUCUGACUUUGUCCAGGAGGGCGUCUGGGCAGCCACUGUGAUUGGCCAAGAAAACAAUGUGCUGUACCUGACAAUCUCCUCUCCACCCCAUGCUCCCAUUGGUUACUACAAACUCUUGAUAGAGACCUUCACAGGAUCCUAUAAUAAUAUAUUCUCCAUCACUGGCUUUAUACUGCUCUUCAAUCCCUGGUGCCAAGCGGAUUCAGUGUAUGUAGAGAACGAUGAUUUUCGGAAGGAAUAUGUCCUGAAUCAGCAUGGUAUCAUCUUUCAGGGGUCCUAUAAAUAUGUCAACAAGAUCCCAUGGAACUUUGGGCAGUUUGAAGAUGGCAUCAUAGACAUCUGCAUUGAGCUCCUGGAUAUGAACCCAAAAUUUUUUAAGGAUCCUCGUCGUGACUGUUGCCGGCGCAGCAGCCCCAUCUACAUUAGUCGGGUCAUCAGUGCCAUGGUCAACUGUAAUGAUGACAAAGGAAUCUUAUAUGGGCGCUGGGAUAACUACUACAUGGAUGGAGUCAGCCCCAUGGCCUGGAUAGGGAGUGUGGACAUCCUGAGGAAGUGGAAGAUGAGUGGCUGUCACCCAGUGAAAUAUGGCCAAUGCUGGGUUUUUGCUGCAGUGGCUUGCACAGUAAUGAGAUGCCUUGGAAUACCCACCAGGGUUGUAACCAAUUACAAUUCAGCCCAUGAUUCAAACUCGAACCUGACCAUUGAAGUGUACAGAGAUGAGAGAGGCGAGGUACUAAUGAACAAGAGUGAAACAGUAUGGAACUAUCACUGUUGGAUUGAAGCUUGGAUGGCCCGUCCUGAUCUAAAGCCAGAGUACAAUGGUUGGCAAGCUAUUGAUCCAACUCCCCAGGAAAAGAGUGAAGGCACAUACUGCUGUGGCCCAGCUUCAAUCAAAGCCAUCAAGAAUGGUGAAGUGAAUACCAAGUACGAUGCUCCCUUUGUCUUUGCUGAAAUCAAUGCAGAUGUGGUAAACUGGAUCAAAGAAAGUGAUGGGGACUUUAAAAAGCUGUACACCAAAACUAUGAUAGUAGGCGUAAUGAUCAGUACAAAGGCUAUAGGCAAGGAUGAGAGAGAAGAUGUCACUCACCACUACAAGUAUCCAGAAGGGUCCGAGGAGGAAAGGGAGACAUAUAAAAGAGCAAAUCAUCUGAACAAGCUGUCUUUAACAAAUGAGCACUCCCUGGUCGAAGAUGUGAAGAUUAAAAUCAAAGUGUCCCCGAACAUGAGCAAGGGUAAUGACUUUGAUGUCUUUGGUGUGAUCAACAACAAUUCAUCAGAGGAGCAAAGUUGCCAUUUGCUUAUGGCUGCCCGGACAGUCACCUACAAUGGCAGACUUGGGCCUGAGUGUGCCAAGACAGAGCAGCUCUCUCUGGCUGUGGAACCCCUUUCUGGUAAGCACAUUCCUGUUAGGAUGCUAGAACACAGGGUAAGCAGCUGUUAUUGGAUGAAAGAACUUAUUAAAGUGAAAAUGCUCCUCCAAGUCCUCCAGUCCGAGACUUUCCUGAUGGCGGAGCGAGACAUCUACCUGGUGAAUCCAGAAAUCAAGAUCAGGAUCCUAGGAGAACCCAAAAAGCUUCGAAAGCUGGUGGCUGAAUUGUCCCUUAAAAACCCCCUCCCAGUUCCCUUGGAUAAUUGUAUCUUUACUGCAGAAGGAGCAGGGCUGACUCCGGUGCAGAAGAUAGUUCAUAUCCCUGACCCAGUGGAACCUGGAAACAUUGUCACAACCCGAGUGGACCUGAUGCCUCAAUGGCCUGGACUGCACAAGCUGGUGGUGAACUUCGAAAGUGACAAAAUGAAGGGAGUGAAGGGCUACUGGAAUGUGAUUGUUGGACCAUAGUUCAACUGAGAAGCCGCUUACCAGCUAAGAGGCAUGGGGAGCAAACCCCCAUUUCCUCAUACCCAUCUUAACCUAUACAACUGAGCCUAAUCACACCCUGUAAGAAAACUCCCAAACUGCACCCCACAAAAACAAGAAAAUUCAAUCAAGAGUCUUUCCCUUCUUCUUAUGUUCCAGGGCCUAUAGGGUUCUCUGCAUCACUCUGGGUCUACAGGAUCAGAGAUGGUCAACAGCCAUCUUUGGGAGUCAGAGAGUCUGUGGAUUGUAUCCCUUUAGCUCAGUAUCCUUCCUAAAAUUCAGAGUCCCCUGAGAAGAGAGGGUUUUUAAUGUUCCCUCAGGGUCCUUUUCUCAUGAUGCACAGUGACUGUCGAAGAGGUAAUAUCCUGUCCUUGGCCUACAAUUAUGCUUCUAUAGAGACAGAACACCCCUUGCCCCAGUCAGGUGUCCUCUUCCACCAUCAGGCCAUGGGUCUAGACCGGGAUGAUUAAUUUCAACCUAUACUCUCCUUUUUAUUUCUCCCAGCUAGCCCCACCCAGAGCUAAAGGAAACAGCGGGAGGUUUGGACAAGCAAAAAGAUGGCAUCUUGAGUGAGGAGGGAUCAGGAAGCUUGAUAGUGGGGACUGUAUCAUAUCAAAGUAUAAGUAGGAUGUAGUGGAAAGCUCCCUGGGCUGGGUAAGGAGGCAAAGAUGCGGUUUUGAAAUAUCUGUAGGGCUCACAUAGAAGAUGGUUUUGUUUUUGUUUUUGUUUUUUUUUUUUUUUUUUGCUUGGUCCCAUUUUGCUGAAAUUGAUAGAAGUUACAGAAAGGUAGAUUUCAGCUCAAAAAAAAAAAAAAAAAAGAUUUUAAAAACCCAGGGCCAAUCCAUAAAGGAAUGAAGCUGCCUCAAGAGGUAAAAUGAGCUUUUGUUCCUAGAGCUUCAAGGACAGAGUUUAUUUGUCAGAGAUAGGGACUAGAACUGAGGCUUCUUCUAAUUCAGGAUUUCUAUGGUUUUAAUACAACUUCUUCCUUGACUGUGUGACCUUAGCCAAGCUAUUUCCCAUCUCUGAGCCUCCAUUACUUCCUCUGAAAGGAAGUGACUGGAUUGGAUAAUCUCAUAACACCCCUGUCUCUUUACCUUGCCCUUCCCACCAAGUUCUGAGACUCUGGACUAGUGCCUAUAAUCCUGUCAUUCAAAGAGCCAAGUUAUUCACAUGUCAGAGGCCAGAGGCCAUGGGAGCCCAUUUGCCUCAUUCUUAAAGGCAUUAGGCUAUCUGCUUGUUAGGUUGCAAGAACUCUCAGGUGACUGUAAUACUCAAUUUGCCUACACACUUAAAUCUCUUUGUCAUUAUGUCUUCUGGUCAGCUUACUUUUUCCAUAUCUUCCUCCUUUCUUUUUUCCACCCUUUUCAGUAACUGUACUGGACUUUUCAAGGGCAAAGCUGAGAUUCUUAGGACCCAACCUUUUGUACUAGCUUAACCCAGUGCCUAACCCCAGGCACUCCUUGUUGCUCAGCUUCUCAGCACAAGUCUGAAGACUUAUAGGAAAGCAAGGAGAAGAGGUUUUCAAAGCUAUAGCUUGUACAUCUUUGAUCAAGGUCUAAUAAGCUUAAGGAUGUUGAAGAUAGAAUUCUUAUUCAGAUAGGGGGUCAGACUAGAAGGAUUUGAAGAUUCCUUGUAACACUGAUCCAGGGAUUCUGUGAUAAGAUCUUCCAAACUUGUGUGCCAAUGGCAUAGCCUUAAAAAAAUACAGGGUUAAUUUCACGAGAAGCAAUAUGCCAGAAAAAAGGGACCAAGAGUGUGAGGAGUACUGAACCCACCUGAAUAUAUGCAUUUAAGUUGAAGAAGCUAGAGAUUUUUAGCUUAGUGAAGGCUAGGAGAAAUGGGAUGAUAGUUGCCUUUAAAUCUUUCAUAGACUAUUACAAAAAAAAAAAAAAAUCAGACUUAUUUCCAAAAGG